GAAAUAAUGCUAAAAAGAUAAUUUUGAAUAACGAUAGAUAGGAUUUAAAUAGUUAAAUAAUAAAAAUGAGUCCGUUACAAAUAAUUUUGCGUGUUUUUAUGUCUCUCGUGGUGGUGUGCCCGGUGGUAAUCUUUUGUGAAGCACAUGGGAAUGUACGAGGUCGAGUCAGCAUCAGUGAAGGAGCACAUGUGCACAAGUCAGAGGUUCCUUGCGCAGUCUGCCCGCGCCAAGGGCGGUGUGUGCCCAAGGUCCAGUGUCCCGCCCACCUCAGGCCUGCCUCGCACAACCCUGCGUGCCAUCUCCAAGGGACCAAGGCGCUGGGCGUCUGUUGCUUCACUGGAAGCCAUCAUGCUGCGGAAUCCGAGCACAAAGCACGUAAGGCGACCUCCAUCAACGAGCGCGACGUGAAGACCGCCCACCACCAGUCCAAGCAGAAGCUGGCUUCUUGGCUGGCCAGGGCCGAGGGGCUGGCUCAGCAUCAUGCUGUAGUUGUCAACGAGACAUCUCCGAGCUUCGCGCACCACAUGUCAGUGAUGACGUACGACAAGCGAGCAGACAAGCUGGGGCGCGGCGGGCUUCUGAACCUCUUCGCUGCGCAGGAGUUGAAGGCGCGCCAGGCGCUGUCCGACGAUGAACUGGCGUUGGGAUUCACUGAGCAUACUGAUGGUCCAUUCUGCCCACCACCCCCCACGUGCUCCAAUCCACCGAGCCGUUACCGCAGCAUCGGGGGGGAUUGCAACAACCCUAAAAACCCAAGCUGGGGGGCCGUGCACUCAGGGUAUGAGAGGCUACUGCCUCCGGAUUACAGUGAUGGAACCUGGGCCAUGCGCGCGUCUUCCACCGGCCUCCCGCUGCCCAGCCCGCGACUAGUCAGCAACGCUUUGAUCUUGGACGCUCCCCACCCGAGUCCAACACACAACUUGAUGUUCAUGCAGUUCGGACAGUUCAUCGCACACGACACCACUUCUGGAGUCGUCUUCACUAUCGGCAACGGCAGCGCCAUCUCCUGCUGCUCCGGCGACGGCGAGCAGUUCCUCCCGCCGGAGUUGCAACACUGGGCCUGUGCGCCCAUCGCCGCCGCUCCCGAAGACGACUUCUACGGCCAGUUCCGACACCAGUGCCUGAACAUGGUCCGAACGCAAUUGGCGCCGUCUAGCGACUGCUCCGUUGGUUAUGCUAAGCAGAUGAAUGGCGUCACUCACUUCCCCGACUUGUCGCACAUAUACGGGAGCUCUGAUGAGAGGCUGGCGAUACUCCGCGGCUCAGGAGGGCUCCUGAAGACGUUCAAUGACUAUGGUCGGGAGUUACCUCCGUUGACCGAGAGGAAGGAGUGCCUCACGCUGAAGGAGGGAGCGGCUUGCUUUGAGUCUGGCGACAACCACGGCAACCAGAUCAUAUCGCUCACAGUUCUACAUACCCUCUGGACACGUGAGCACAAUAGGAUAGCUCGAGCGCUUGCCCGCCUCAACCCCAUGUGGGAUGAAGAACGCAUCUUCAUGGAAGCCAGAAGAAUCGCGCAGGCAGAGUUCCAGAACAUCAUCUAUAGCGAAUGGCUGCCUUUACUGUUAGGUCCUCAAGCAGUCCAAGCGUUUGGUCUGCUCCCGUCUCCAGGCUACUCCUCCUUGUACGACCCUCACGUGAACCCAGCGCUAUCGGCUGAAUUCGCUACUGCUGCUAUGAGGUUCGGCCAUUCCGUCGUCGAUGGGAAGAUCAUGAUUCCUAGCACCAGCACAGGUACUAUCUACGAAUCGAUCUCGAUCCCCGAGGUGAUGUUUCAGCCGGCACGCAUGCGUCUGAAGCCGUUCUUCGACCGCCUCAUAGCUGGUCUGAGCUGGCAGCCCAUGCAGUCCGUGGACCCAUUUGUCACUGAAGGAUUGACCCGCUACCUGUUUCACGGCGGCAACCCGUUCGGGCUGGACCUGGCGUCCAUCAACAUUCAGCGCGGGCGCGACUACGGCGUGCGGCCCUACAACGCCUAUCGUCGACUUGUGGGCUUAGAGCCUAUUGUGGACUUCAACCAGUUCACGCCCAAUACUGCCCAACGUCUAGGAUCAGUCUACCAAAGCCCCGAUGACAUCGACCUGUGGGUAGGCGGUCUUCUAGAAGAAGCCGUCGGCGGCGGAGUGGUGGGCGUCACCUUCUCGAACAUCCUGGCCGACCAGUUCUCCAAGAUCAAGAGAGGGGACAGGUACUUCUACGAAAACGGACCUGAUGUCAACCCUGGGGCUUUUAGUCCAUACCAACUGGCAGAGAUAAAGAAGGUGACCCUAGCGAGGAUCAUUUGUGAUAACCGCGACGGCAUCGAACUCUUGGCCCAACCACCAAACGCUUUCAUCAGAGCUGAUCUUCCAGGAAACGAACCAGUUCCGUGCGACAGUUCCGUCAUACCAGCGAUGGAUCUGAGCAGAUUUAGAGAUAUUUAGAAUUAGAACAUACACAAUUUUACACAGUCAGGCGCUGAAAUGUUUUGCCACCAUAAAGAACAUUUUGACUAACUUUUGAAUACCUUAAAAUAAACAUAAGGCGCUAAAAUUUACAGAUUCGCUACCAAAAAGAAAGAACCCAUAUAAAUUAUGGGUUAAAACAUUUCAACUAUUUUUUUAGUCCCACAGUUUGGUAUUGACAAAAGUUCAGAUAUUUCUUUAGUUGGUUAUUUGAGUUUGACUUCAUCAGCAUUCCUUUCUUCUAUCUUCUUCUCACUUCUUUCUUCUGCCUUUUCUAUCUUUACGAUUAUUACAAUCAUUGCUUCUUUUGCAAAAGCGAACUUAUCGUUUUGUUUUGAUUAUGCAUGCACCUUUUGUGAUCAAAACAAUUGUUGUAAUAAAUACUAAACUAUCGUGUUGAUUUAUCUUAAUGAGUAACCUCGUUGAUUUAGUUCAAACAUAACUCUUUUGAUGAUUUAGUAGGUUUUUAUAUUUUAACAUCUUGUUUUCUAAAACUCCUUGGAGCCCGACCAAUGAGUUUUGAUGCCGAACACUAAACAUCAAUAGGGUUAUAUAUUUGACUGAUUUUACCAGAUUUUAAUUAAUUUGCUGAUUCUAAUUUCACUUCCUUUUCAAUGUCGAUGAAGUCAAAUUUAAUUAGGUUUGUACAGGUACCAGAUUCAAUGAUUUUUUCGCCAUAAAAAGUCCAGGAAUCAGGGGUUUUAAGGUAGGAUACUGUGGUACUAAAAAUUUGGUUAAUUAAAAAGUUUUCUUGAUUAAUAAAAGUAUGUAAUUUAGUGAGUAAAAACAAAAAAGGCUUAUUUUGUCACAGAUUGAAACACUGAUAUUGAAUUGAAUAACAUGGUUGGUGAACAUUUGGUGAUUUGUUAAAGUUUAUUAUUUUAUUAUAUUUUUAAUGGCGUCACGGUUUUUGUGAUAUUUAAAGCAGGCUUUAAAUCUCAACCCCACCGAAAAUGGUCUCAAUUUUUAUGCAUGAUAUCUCUAGGUAUAAGUUUUUAAAAGAAUUAAAAAUGUAAAGAUGAAUUUUAUCGAUUUGAUAUCUGAAUUAUGUAUAAAAUAUAAAUAUGUAAAAUAGCUGCAAGAUCAGAUGUAAAGUACUAAAUGAUUUUUCAACAUGAUUGUGUAUGCAUUUUGUACAAAGUAGUAAUGAUUUAUGUAAUUAAUUGGGAUACAAUAGUUUUAUCCUAAAUCCGUAUAAUGAUUUUUGUACAAGGAGCUCCUUACCUAAUUAAUUGAUUGAAUAAUGGCGUAAUAAAUUGCGAAUAAAAUGUAUUUGAUUAAAA